AUGACUGUAGAUGCGCUGGUCGCUCUCGUCAAUCCGACAAGCUGUCUGCCUCGCAUCAAGGCAGAACCCGACGCUGCGCAUGUGUUCCGGGCCCUCUCGCAUCUCUCGCGCCUAUACUCGCCAAAGUCGCUCAAUAGAGACGAGCAAGCACUCCGCGACCUCCUCGAACCGGAUCGUAACGCAUCGCCGGCAUUACAGGAUGCGUGUGAUGUGGCUAAGGUCGACGAUAGCGAGAAGCGGUAUGCGAUGGACUGGCUCACUCGGCUCAUCGCUAGCGGCCUUUAUUGGAUAGACGAUGAAGAGGAUGCGACCACUGCCGAGGAUUUGUUGGACUUGGCUGGACGCAUACUUGGUGGCCAGGCCAGCUUGGAGGAGGCUGGAGCUAUCUCGCGCGACUUUUGCUUUCCCCUCAAGGAACCAGUACUCAUCCCGGGAGAACACUCGGCGUCGUUCGACCUUGACCGGCUAUCUGGUCCCAUCGAAAUCGUUCUUCGCGAUGAUCCCCUUCCGCCUUCAAAUGCUCAAUCAGAGGCCACUUCGCAGAAUGGAAAUGGAUCGAGUCAGGAUGCUGCGGCGGCGGUAGGAGUUCAGACGUGGGGUGCAGCCAUCGUUGUGAGCGAUGUCGUCCUCCGACAUCCUGCCCUGUUUCAUCCUGGGCUUGCUCUGCGGUCCCACAAGCGACUCAGAAUUGCUGAGCUCGGAGCCGGAACCGGUCUCCUCGGCAUGGUAGCAGCCAAGCUUCUACAGCAAAGUGACGUCCAAGCCGACGUUGUCCUGACCGACUACCACCAGCAAGUGCUGCAGAAUCUUAGACACAACGUCCGAGAGAAUUUCCCAGCACUCACGCCCUCGAAGGAUCGUCUCGAGCCGGUCGCCGUCUCAGUUGAGCAUCUCGAUUGGUGGGAGCUGCAUCAGAAGACGCUCCAGGGCACUCUCGACGAGAGUCAACCCAAGUUCGACUUGCUGCUGCUUGCCGACGUCAUUUACGCGCCUGAGCAUGCACUCUGGAUCCGCUCUUCUAUCCAAGCGCUGCUACGCAAGCCGCUAGAUGGCCAGGACGAAGACCUGGCACCACGUGCCCACAUUGUCAUGGCUGUUCGAGGCACGGGCAAGUUUGAGGGUCUCUUCAAGACGGUCGAAGAAGCUUUCCGACCCCAUCAACAGUCGAGUGCGCUCCCGUCGCUAAGCACUAGUCGAACAGACACACCGCUCGACACUGUUCCCGGAACACCGUCUCUGACGAUCGAGUCGCUAAGUGGCAUGGAUUCCAAAAGUCACGCAAAGCAUCGUGACGAUCUGCAUUCACGCAUGAAUGCAAUCUCCCAGCGAGAGGCUCGGCCUGCUGUGGAGCUCGGGAUCCUGAAGCGUCGCAGGCUGGACAAGCGUGCUAGCGUUGGUAGAGACGAUGAGCAGGAGUACCUUUGGUUCGAGAUCGGUUGGUUACCGACGCUUUCCACUUGUGACCCAUAG